AUGGCUCUGGAUUUUAUUGAAAUUGAUUACAAGACUGUCCCUAGUCCAAAUGCUGCCGGAAAGAAGCAUAUCGUUAUUGUAGGUGGUGGGAUCAUUGGUGCCUGCACUGCAUUUUAUCUGACGAGACAUCCAAAGUUUAGUGGCCAAGAUAUCAAAAUCACUUUAUUCGAGACAACUGAGGUUGCAGGUGGGGCCUCUGGUAAGGCUGGUGGUUUGCUGGCUUCCUGGGCUUUCCCUGAGGAAAUCGUCCCUCUCUCUUUCCAAAUGCAUCAGGAUUUAUCUGAUGAGUUCAACGGUGAGGAAAACUGGGACUAUAGAAGGCUACCUACUGUCUCUUUGGAGGCUGAUUUGAGAUUGCAGAAUGCUAACCCUAAUACGAAUUUGAAUUCUGUCUAUGGUUCUGACAAAACGCAUUUUGGAUUGAAGAACAAGAAUAGAAGUGGGAAACUCAAAUCACUGUUGAAGGAUGACGAUAGUUCAAGCAUAUCUAGCAACAGCAAAGUCAAUGCAGGUUCUCUACUUAAAAGUAAAAUUAAUAAUGAUGAUAACGACUAUAAUGAUACAAAAAAUAACGAUAGCAAUGAUGACGACGACGACGAUGACGACGAAGAUUGUCUCGAGUUGGACGUGGAUCCAAACGGUUUACCGAAAGAUCUGACCUGGAUUCGCAGAUUCAUGGUAAAAGAAUGGUCUUCUCUAGGUAGUGUGGAUUCCACUGCCCAGGUCCAUCCAAUGAAGUUCACAAGAUUCAUGUUAUCAAAGGCAAUCGAAACCGGUGCUGUUGAAGUCGUAUUGGGCAAAGUAAGUAAGAUUAAUAUGGAUGAUAACGGUGUAGCAAACUCAUUGCAGUUUAUCCCUACCACUCCAGGUUAUCCAUCUCAAGAUCCUAUAGAAAUUAAUAAUGUCGAUAAAUUGAUCCUCACCAUGGGGCCUUGGACCAGUAAAAUUUUGCUAGAUUGCCCAAUAUCAGGUUUAAGGGCUCAUUCCAUCGUCCUGAAACCAAGAACAGAAGAUGAUGAAAAAUUGUUAGCCAAGGAAUUAACCCCUUUUGCUUUGUUCUCGGAAUUGCAAAUAAAUAAGAAUCAAACCUUUUCACCUGAAAUCUAUUCAAGAAAAGAUGAAAUUUACGUAUGUGGUGAAGGUGACACUUUAAUGGAAUUACCAGAGACAUUAAAUGAUGUUACCAUUGUCCAAGAGAAAUGUGAUGAACUACUUUAUUAUGCUUCAAAAAUACUAACUCCUUCCAUCAUUGAAAGUAGUAGUGUUUUGGUAAGGCAGGCUUGCUAUUUACCUGUAUUAAAUGUAUCAACAAGUUCAGGUCCAUUAAUUGGUGAAACUAAUGUCAAAAAUCUUUUCAUUGCCAGUGGCCAUUCCUGCUGGGGUAUUAACAAUGCCCCUGUGACAGGAAAAGUAUUGUCAGAGAUAAUUUUAGAUGGCGAAGCCAAAUGUGUUGAUAUUUCUUCAUUGGAUCCAACUGCUUAUUUCGAUGCCAGUAUAUUAGAUUAG